AGGAUGUAGCUGCGGUCAACCGCGCCAGUACUCCGCCGUCCUGCCGGGAACAAUGAACGACGCAGAGCGCACGCCGAUGGGGCUCUUAGUCGCGCUGCUGCUGGCGCCUACACUUCUGCUUCCAGCGUCUGCUCUGAACUGUUACCUGUGCCGUUCAGCUGAAGAUCCUUCAUGCGCAACCAGUCCGCAAAACCAGGGAGAUUGUGAUGAUUACCUGGCUUUAAAUGCUCCAAUCGUCCAAGCAAAUACAAUUAAGAACACCACUCAUUGCGUCAGUCUCGUAUACACCAAUGUUACAGAGAACAGCGGUCGCAAGUACACAGAAAGGAUGUGUGUGCCAAUACCGGACAAGACGAAUCCCUGCCUGGAGGCAGCUAAAGUGGUGAAGGUAGAGAGCUGUUACUUCUGCUCCGAAGAUCUGUGUAAUCGUGGUGGAAGAACUGAUUCGAUACAGAAAUUCUAUAUCCUACUGCUAUAUUACGUGGGACAUUUGUUACUUACCUGACUGAGGCACUAAUUUCGCUGGACACGGUUUUGUGAUAUGUACAUAAGUGUGCUUCAAAUUGUUAAACAACUCUUAAAAAAGGGACGAAUUGUUUGUCACUGACAUCUUAAUGUGAUAAAAAGGUUACAAUUUCAAGAAGUGCUACACCACACACUGGCAUUGGGAGUAAUUUGGGUAUGAAAAUAUUGAAACUGCUUUGCAGGCAUAGUUCAACUUAUCUGUAGUGGAU